AUGCCAUAUACAAACUGAGCCGAGCAGUGGAAGUGGACUUCUUUACCUUCAUGCCACCGCAGGGGUGACAGCAAGAGCCAAACGCGCACAGCCUAAGACAGAGCAUACAGCGGUCAAACAUCAGCAGCCGCUCGGGUGAUCCGCUCUGCUCAGCACAUUCAGAGAGGAGAUUUAUCACACGCAACCUGAAGAGAUGAGCAGCAACAAGAAGAUGGAGGACGAGGCGGUGCUGGACCGGGGGGCGUCCUUACUCAAGCACAUCUGUGACGAGGAGGAGGUAGAGGGUCACCACACCUUUUACAUCGGCGUGCACGUGCCCAAGAGCUAUCGCCGUCGGAGGCGUCACCGCCGGAGAACCAGCCACAAGGACAGGAAAGAGAGGUUGAUGGAGAAUGCCUCUGACAAGUCGGACACAGAAAACAACGAUGAGGCCAGCAACAGCAUCCUCAAACCUCUCAUCUCACCGGCAGCCGAGAGAAUCCGCUUCAUCCUCGGAGAGGAAGAUGACGGCCCAGCGCCUCCACAACUCUUCACUGAGUUGGAUGAGUUGCUGUCGGUGGAUGGACAGGAGAUGGAGUGGAAGGAGACGGCCAGGUGGAUCAAGUUUGAGGAGAAGGUGGAGAAAGGAGGUGAACGCUGGAGUAAGCCCCAUGUGGCCACGCUGUCCUUACAUAGUCUUUUUGAACUGCGGACGUGCAUAGAGAAAGGCACCAUCAUGCUGGACAUGGAAGCUUCCACUCUGCCUCAGGUUGUUGAGAUGAUCACUGACAACCAGAUAGAGAUCGGCCAGCUCAAAGCAGACCUGAAGGACAAAGUGAUGUACACGUUGCUACGGAAACAUCGUCACCAGACCAAGAAGUCCAAUCUGCGCUCUCUGGCCGACAUUGGCAAGACAGUCUCCAGUGCAAGUAGGCUGUUUUCCAACCAGGAAAACGAUAGUCCCACCACAACUCACCGGAACCUGACCUCCAGCAGCCUGAAUGACAUUUCAGACAAACCGGAAAAAGACCAGCUGAGGAACAAGUUCAUGAAGAAGUUGCCGAGAGACGCCGAGGCCUCCAACGUGCUGGUCGGGGAGGUGGACUUCCUGGACGCGCCAUUUGUGGCGUUUGUUCGUCUGCAGCAAGCUGUGAUGUUGGGAGCCUUAACAGAGGUUCCCGUUCCCACAAGAUUUUUAUUCAUCCUGCUUGGACCCAAAGGCAAAGCCAAGUCGUACCAUGAGAUUGGCCGAGCGAUCGCCACGCUGAUGUCAGAUGAGGUCUUUCAUGACAUUGCGUAUAAGGCCAAGGACAGACAAGACCUGCUGGCGGGCAUCGAUGAGUUCCUGGAUGAGGUGAUCGUGCUUCCUCCUGGCGAGUGGGACCCGGCCAUCAGGAUAGAGCCUCCGAAAUCCCUCCCCUCCUCUGACAAAAGGAAGAACAUGUAUGCAGGAGGGGACUCUCAGAUGAACGGAGACAUGCCUCAUGACGGAGGUCACGGAGGAGGGGGACACGCUAUAGGGGACGAGCUGAAGAAGACUGGAAGGUUGUUUGGGGGUCUCAUACUUGACAUCAAAAGAAAAGCGCCUUUCUUCGUCAGUGACUUCACGGAUGCAUUUCACAUUCAGGCCUUGUCGGCCAUUUUGUUUAUUUACCUGGGAACUGUGACAAACGCCAUCACCUUCGGUGGUCUGCUGGGAGACGCUACAGACAACAUGCAGGGUGUGUUGGAGAGCUUUCUGGGCACAGCGAUCACCGGUGGGGUGUUCUGUCUGCUGGCUGGCCAGCCUCUCACCAUCCUCAGCAGCACCGGUCCAGUUCUGGUGUUUGAACGGUUGCUCUUCAACUUCAGCAGAGAUAAUGACUUUGACUACCUGGAGUUCCGCCUGUGGAUCGGCCUGUGGUCGGCGUUCUUCUGCCUGGUGCUCGUGGCCACUGACGCCAGCUUCUUGGUUCAGUACUUCACCCGGUUCACUGAGGAGGGCUUCUCCUGUCUCAUCAGCUUCAUCUUCAUCUACGACGCCUUCAAGAAGAUGCUCAAAUUAGCUCACCAGUAUCCCAUCAACUCCGACUUUAAGAUGGAGUAUGUCACGCAAUAUGACUGCCUCUGCAUGGCCCCAGCUGUUCUCGAGAACAGUACGGACAUCAUUAGUGAUCCUUUAGAAGAUACCUGGCACUGGAACAGCACGGAUCUGCUAAUGAAUGCCACAUGGUCGUCCCUCACAAAGAAGGAGUGCUUGAAGUACAAAGGAGAGCUGGUGGGGAAGGCCUGCGAUUUUGUCCCGGACAUCACCCUCAUGUCCUUCAUCCUGUUCUUCGGCACGUACACCUGCUCCAUGUGUCUGAAGAAGUUCAAGACCAGCCCGUUCUUCCCCACCACUGUGAGGAAACUCAUCAGUGACUUUGCCAUCAUCCUGGCUAUCCUCAUCUUCUGUGGAGUUGACAUGCUCGUAGGAGUCGACACUCCCAAACUCAUCGUGCCAUCUGAAUUCAAGCCAACAAGUCCUAACCGGGACUGGUUCGUACCCCCGUACGGAAGAAACCCCUGGUGGGUUUACCUGGCUUCCGCUCUUCCCGCCCUGCUGGUCACCAUACUGGUCUUCAUGGACCAACAGAUUACCGCUGUGAUCGUCAACAGGAAGGAGCACAAGCUGAAGAAAGGGGCAGGUUACCAUCUGGAUCUGUUCUGGGUGGCCGUUCUCCUGGUGGUUUGCUCCUUCAUGGGGCUGCCGUGGUACGUGGCCGCCACCGUCAUCUCUAUCGCUCACAUCGACAGUCUGAAGAUGGAAACCGAAACAUCGGCUCCUGGAGAGCAGCCGAAGUUCCUGGGUGUGAGAGAGCAGAGGCUCACUGGUGUGUGUGUGUUCAUCCUAACAGGACUGUCAGUAUUUAUGUCUCCCAUCUUAAAGUUUAUCCCCAUGCCUGUGCUGUAUGGAGUCUUCCUCUACAUGGGAGUCGCCUCUCUCAAUGGAGUGCAGUUUAUGGAUCGUCUCAAGCUGCUCCUGAUGCCAGCAAAGCAUCAGCCGGACCUGGUCUACCUGCGACAUGUUCCCCUCAGGAAGGUCCACCUCUUCACCUUCAUCCAGGUCCUUUGCUUGGCUCUGCUCUGGAUCCUCAAGUCCACUGUGGCUGCUAUUAUAUUCCCUGUCAUGAUCCUCGCUUUGGUAGCUGUCAGAAAAGCAAUGGACUACAUGUUCUCCCAGCAUGACCUGGGCUUCCUGGACGAUGUCAUCCCGGAGAAGGACAAGAAGAAGAAAGAGGACGAGAAGAAGAAAAAGAAAAAACAAGGCAGCAUAGACAGCGACGGUGAAGACUCUGACUAUCCUUACAAUGAGAAUGUUCCCAGCAUUAAAAUCCCCAUGGACAUGAUGGAGCAGGAGCCCUUCUUAGGUGAUAAGGCCUCAGACAGAGAGAAGUCCCCAUCAUUCCUUGAACGACACACAUCGUGCUGAGCAGCUCCGCUAUUACCGAGCCAACUGUUUGUCCAGCCCUGAGAUGAGUCCGCUGAAGUCUGUGCCUCAGAUUAGAAUAGACAUGGACCCAGACGAUGAUAAUUCGUUCUACUGGAGGGGCAGAGGAUCUGAAACGUCGCUGUAGGGCGCUGGACCACCGCCGGGCGAAUCCUGCGGCACCCGCAAGACACCUCUCUCUUUAACUUUCCUUUAUCUCUUUAUUCUUUUUAACUGCAAAAUCCUUUCCACGGUUUCAAGACUUUGUUCUGAAUGCAGACAAGAAAGCAACACAGCAAAGGGGGGGAGGGGGGGGCAGUCUAACACAACGAUUCAUUUCUAAAAACGAAGCCGAUUUAAAACCGUGUCUCCUCACAGUCUCGUCUCGGUGUCGUCCUCACAGCUCCACAGUAAACAGACUCAAACACUGUUAAAUGUAACUCUGUACUACUCUGCUAUGCAACUCAUCCACAGUAAAUGCUGCAGCUCCCGCUGACCACGCAUGGAACCCCCCCCCUGCUCUUUUUAUAUCAGUAUAUAUAAAUGUCAUCCGUCUGAUUUUUUUUAAUAUAUAUAUAUAAAUGGAAUUACUUUAAUAACAUUUUCCUGUAGCAGGAAAAUUAUGUUUUUAUAGCUCUACCUCUUGUUUUAGAUCAAUUGCUUAUUGAACAAAUGCAACAUGUUGAUUUUUGACGCAGCAUGAGGGUUUGAUAUCUUCUCUCUGUCCUCUUGUAGAGUUGAAAUGAUUUAAGAGAUUCACUGUAUUAUAGCGUGUGAAGGAAACGUGUGCAAAUAGACCUCUGAAGUUAAUUAACAGUCCAUUCAUGCAUAUGUGUGUGUGUGCAGAUGAGGGAAAUAUUUUUAUGAUCACUUUUUGAUGCAGUUCUGGUUGCUUCACCUUCUCUUUCUUAAUUUUCUGAAUCUUUCUGUCACGUGUUCACUUCAAAGCUUUUGGUACUUGUUUAAAUUAAAUCAUUUCUUUAUCUUUUCUUUUGUUUUACUUUUUUUUUUAAAAUGAUUUUGUGUAUGUCGGUAACCUUUUGUUGUGUCCUUCAUUUUUGUUUCGUUGCGGUUAGAAAACAGUUCAGCGAUUCGUAAUCACCCGAUUUUCCUCAGCCAAACGUAAACUCGAACUAGGAGUGCAUAUCAUGUGAUUGCUUGUGCUGCACAAACUACUGUACCUAAGUGACUUAUAAGAGAUUGAUCCAGGCUGAAAUUCUUACGGUAACGAUAUGGCAAAACGAGAAGGGAAUCGAAUCAGUGCAAGCUCCGAGCAGCGGGACAGCGUCGGUCCACAGCAGGUUGGUUUCUGUUUGGCUCAGCUGCUGGUGGAAUUAUCUGAUGUGAAAAUGGGAUCACAGAUUUUGUUUUUCCGCUGUUAUUGUUCUGUAUAUUAAAGGUUUAAGGUCUUAUUUUAAUGUAAUGCUCACACGCCAUACUGUAUGUACACUGAAGGAGUUAAUGGUCAUUCUUCUUCUGCCUGUUCUUGCAAGGCUGACACUGUUGAAACAAGUGCGUAUCAUUCAGAGGAUAAUUGAUGUGUCCAUGUCAGACUGCUGAAGCGUUUGUCUUUUACAGCGUGACUGCAUUAGGAGGGCAGUGUUGUCAGCGGCCACUAAGUCUCUCAGUAUAUAUACGUGUGAGCGUUAUGUUAAAACAGACUUCCACAGAAUCCAAACUCAUCCUUAAAACAAGAAAACUCAUUUUUAGGACUACAGUGAGACAGAAGAAGCACGAACCUCAUUCACUUCAUUGUUCUACUUCACAGCAUUCCUCUCAGAGUGGUCCACCGUCACAUACAGAAAGAGUCGAGCCUCGCAGAACUGACAGCUCGACUUCUAUUGGCCAGUAUUACCUUCAGUACAACAAGCCAGAAUGGCUUCUGAAGCACUGUGUGUCACUACAGUAUCCCCACCUUAUCUCUAAAGGGAACACUGAAGCACUUUCCCACUUGACUUUUCGAGUCUAAGUGGGUCACGUAUGUCAUUUUAAGCUGGAAGUCCUCUCUGUCUCAUCACCACUAUAGAAAGAAAUUCAAACUGUGUGAUAAAUGAGCCGCCCUCCUCCUCUGCAGAUCAUGUACAUACAGUAAAGGCACGUCGGCUCAAACCAAAAUGCAGUUACAAGUUACUUUGUACCGUCGCUGUGUUUCAUUUGCUUUCAUCAGUUUGUUUCAGUCCAUCGGCCGAAGUAACGGCGUCAUUUCUACUCCACAUCAGUGUUUGGGCCGUCAACAGCAGAGAGCGGAAACAAGUGUGACUUAUUGUCUGAGACGUGCUGUGUGUGGAGUCGUUACUUUCAAGUGUGUCGUACUGUGUAAGCAUGUCGGACAAAAAUCCACAACAUGAAAUGAAAAUCUGUAAAUUUUAGCGUACGAAAUACUGACACGUUUUACUGAUUAACUUUUGUGACUUUUUAGAACAGGUGAAAUGGUUUAUUUUAGAAUUUAUAUUUUUCAAAUGAAAUGUAUAUUGAAAAUAAACAGAAUGAUCAAACAG